CAAAUUCUUCGAACGUGACGCGUUCAAGUUCGUGAACACCCUGGGGCGUUCAUCGAUUUGCUUCUAUGUGAAGUACCAAAGCUUGUGGCUAAAUAAAUGCGUGAUUGACGAACUGCAUUGGUGUGGUGGACUGAUAGAAAAUAUACCACAUUUAAAAUUCGAUCGAACCAAUGUUCUGUUUUGUAUUUGCUUUGGUAUUGAUAAAUACAGCUAGACACUGGUGUCAAACACAAAUAUGUUUAUUUUUAUGUAUAUAUCCAAUAUAAAGUCAUAUACGACACGACACAGAUACAUUUAGUAAAAGUAGAUAGAACCUGCUCGUCUUUGCUGAACGCGUCCUUCAACUUCCGCGUAUCGCUUCGUAGGUUAUUGUUGCCCAGUACACCAUUUCUAUAAAGUGCCAAGUAGGCCAAAUCCCUUACCUAGUUUGCUGUUUGGAAAUCCCCUUCGUGUGAAUCCAUUUCUUUACAUUGAAGUUACAUGCGAAUCGGCAAUUCCUUUUGUGAAUGAACAAUUGGGCGAUAAAAUAAUGAUUCCUUUUCAUAUAUAUAGAAUUACAUGUACAGCUGAAUAUGCGAUAGGCUAGCAGGUAUAGACGUUUCCAGGAAUUCCCAAAUGGCUAUUGGCCAACAACGUUGUGUAAAUCGAUGUCAUAGCUUUAGUCGAGAGUUUCCCAGAGGCGCAAUCAGUGUUGAAUUUGUAUGAGCGGCGUAUCGGAGUUUAUGCCGCAAUAAGCGGUUAGUCGCUGUGUUGUACGCGAUUUAAAUAUAUCUAUCUGAACGUUCUUUCUGUUAGAGUAACGUAGACUGUAAGACUAUCUAUCACAUUGCGAGAAACGUGAAAUUUGUUUUUGCAUUAGCUAUUUAGAACCUUUAGACAUCGGACGGCUUUAAUAAUAAGUAUUUACUCUCGUGUACUGGCUGUCUGACAACAUUCUCAGUUUCGAUCAGGACGUCGAAUAAGAACAGUGAUGAACACCGUAGACAUGUUUACAAAGCGCGUGGGCAGUUUCGCCGCGCAAGGCUAUCCUAUGCAUCCGGGUGAUCCAGUUAAUUCUCCGCCUUUCAUUCCCGCGAACGGACUUAGAAACGGGAUGGGGUUCGGUGGACCGGGUUCACCUAUGGGUCUCGCUGGAAUGUCACCGGCAUCUUCGACUUCUGCAUUUUCGUCGCCACCUCCACCACACAUGGCAGUUCCGUCACCACAAUCGUCAGCUGGGGGAAAAUCAGAACCCCCAAAACGACUUCGCUACUGGCUAGUUGAAAUGAUUGAAAAUGGACAGAUUCCAGGAUUAAGGUGGGAGGACGAAGGGAAAACAAUUUUCCGAAUACCUUGGAAACACGCGGGAAAAAACAACUGGAAAGAAGACGACUGUCGUAUUUUUAAGGCUUGGGCAGAACACAGAGGAAAAUACAAAGAAGGCGUGGACAAAUUUGAUCCAGCUACAUGGAAAACUAGACUUCGAUGUGCGUUGAACAAACUGCCUGAUAUCAAAGAGCUGAAGGAACGAAGCCAAUUAGAAGGCACCGAUCCUUUCAGAGUUUAUAGGCUGCUACCAGAACCAGAUAGAAGUCAAGAUUUUGAAAUAUAUCCACGUAGUACCUGGGGCAGAGAAACAUAUUCUCCUAUUGGACUCCAAGAGAGGCAACUGAGAUAUAGUGAAAGUGUAUAUGGUCCACCAAGACCGGCUUAUCCAGAACAAUAUCAACGUCACGGUGAUCCUGCCAUGGAAACGAUGACGUCACACCACAAUCCGAUUAUGGUGCAACACCCAGGAAUUAUGUCAGUUGCAAAUUAUCAGAGAAGAGAUGAUACCAUUGCUCCAAGCUCUGAAUUUAGCCGAAUGAGAGUGAAGGACAAUUCUCAUUUUCCAGGAACAUACGAAAGAUCUAAGAUGACGGUUAUUCCUCCACCCGAAGACGAUCAAGAAUAUGAGUUCCAGGAUCACAGCAUAAGACCACGACUCUCCAAUCCACAUGACCAACCUCCACCUGAACAGCAUAAUAUGCAUGGACAUAGACACAACGAAGUGCACCGCACUUCAAGCGAUCAAAGACAACAACAACAUGGAAACAGAGGAUUGCCAAUAGAUACAAGUCCAGCUCUUAUAAACCCAGUGUCUUCUCCAGUCGGGAGUGAAUCUGGACAAAGAAUUGAACCGACGCCCCCUCAGGAACCAAUCAGCUUUCAGCCUCCUUCUCAGAUGAUUUCUACGCCCGAUGCAACCCCAGCGGCGUACGAGUUUGACGUUGACGUCAGAUACCGCGGCGUAACGGUUAUGACUCAGCAUGUUUCAAACCACCGUGGAUGUCGAAUUCAUUAUGGAAGCUCAGGAUUGCAACAUAUUGCCACCGUGGCACACGAGUUGCCAAGUCACGUAUUUGGACCGCAGGAUUUACAGCAGAUUGAACUAUGUGAGGUGGAGCCAUGGGCUACAUUUGAAAAACAGGUGAAUUUGACAAAACAUUUGCUGAAGAACGUACAACGUGGAUUGAUAUUGAGCUUUCAGAGAGAUGGAACCAUAGUUGCUAAACGUCUAUGUCAAAGCAGGGUUUUCUAUCUAUGUCCAGAAUCGAAAAGUAACGAACCAGAGAAAUUAGAACGUAAUAAUCCAACAAAAGUGUUUGAUUACAAAAAUUUCUUUUAUCACAUGAGAAGAUUUGCAGCUGAUCAGUGCAAGUAUGACGGAGCAAACAAAUCUCCAUCGUACGAAAUCAAGAUAUCAUUUGGACAAACUUGGUCGAUGAAAAAUCCCUUGGAAAGGAAUCUCAUCUCGCUUGUUAUUAUUCCAAGCGCCGCUCACUUUAUACUGAAUAAGGUUCGUGAGAGAAACAAUGCUUUAAUAAGUAUCAACAACAGUAUCCUGACAUCAGGACCUAGUAGUGAUGACCGCCUUGCCGAGAGAGUAACACGUGACUCAGAAGAAUAUGUUGAUGAACUCAUCAGCACUCUCAUGCGCCAGGAAGAUGGUGUCGGUCUCCAACUUGAUGACGUAGUUAAGAGACCAGAAGAUGAAUAUAAGCCGCCUGGUUACUACCAACAAGAUGUCGAAAUGGAAGUGUCUGCUUUUGAAUUGUGAUAGGCGUUCGUUUCAAUGAUUAUGACGUCAUAUGGGCAUGUGACCAGCCAGCGAGUGCUCAAGGAUUUAUGGAAUCUGUUAGAAGAGAUCGAUUGUUGUAGCCAUACUUUUGUUACUGAUAAAUUUCAGCAUACACCAUCGUCGCACUUCUAAAAUCGUCAUGAUUUGAGUGAACUGGUAUUGGUGUAUUACAUUAUAUAUAUUUUAUAAUAUAUAGGCUGGGUUGUGACGCAUUGAUUUAGUAAAUUUCCAUAGUGGUCGAGUAAGAAAAAUAUAACCGGGUCACAUCAAUUCUCUUUACAAUAUUUUGUUUAUAUAAUAACUUUAAUUAUAAUUGAAUUUUCAACUUUAUGUUAACUUUGUCUGUGAAUAAUUGCGAAAUAAAGCAUUUUGCCGUUUCGACCGGGGCUAUUUAUAUUCACAUUCCUUGGCCUGUCGCUUAUAGUGUGGCAGUGUCAGAACUGCAAGCGUAUACGUUUUUGUGCGUUUUAUCGCGGGUUUUUUGUUUGUUUUAAUUUCCAAUUGUAUUUGUCUCAUUAUAAACUUUAGUGGGUUUUCUUCUGCGCUUUAUUAAUCACAAUAAUAUUUUUCAUCGCUUUCGUCCCCACUCCUUUUAUAUUAUGUUAGAAAUGUUAUUAUACCAAUUUCUUUACUCUAUAUGAAGCGUGCCAUAUAUCUUUAUAUACAUUAAAAAUAAAACGUACAAUAUCUUUUUGUAUGUUCCCAAAUGCUUUAUCAACAUAUGAAAUUUUUUGAUUCAUACUUGGAAAGUCUAUUUACUACAAAAUUGGUUGUCAUACCAGGAUGAGGCUGCCAUAGUGGUGCCCAUAGUGGUAUUACUAUUUCAUCUUUUAUUUUAUGUCAUAUCUUUUCAACUGGUAAUCAUACUAGCCACACAGUGUACAUAAUAUUUCAUCUCUAUGACGAUGUGAUGGUAUUUGAUUGGUAGGAAAAGAUUAAUAUUAUUGGAUCCUCUCCUAUACGGAAUUCAGAUAGACCAAUACGGAAUUCAGGUUUUAUUUGAUAUUCUAAAUUAGGUUUUACCCAUACGUCUAAUGUUUGUGGACAUUUUCAAUUUACAAAAAAACUUUUAUGGGACUUUAUCCUUACAGAUCUUGUGGAUUGGCUUAUGUUAUAGUAGUGCUCAUUUCAUACAUGUUGCAAGACGAGGUUCCUGUAUAUAAAUAACCAUUGUUAAUUCAAAAGUUUCAACUCUAAUAGACGAUAUCCCCACAUACGCUGCGCUUUGGUUCCAUAUUUUUUAUGGUUUGAACCCAGCUGGACUGACUUGUUUACAACUCUGAUUUAUUUUUCUUGUUUGACGAUUACUAUAUUUAAAUUGGAUGUUCAACGAAUUUUAAAUAUAUCAAAUGCUUAAUGUAACAUGCCAUGUGUGUUUAGUGACUCGUUCUCAAGACAAAUACAAAUAUUUCAAAAAGUCUGUGAUGAUACCAAUUUAAAUCUAGUUAUUAUUGUUUCAUGAAAUGACAUUUUUCAAUUAUUCUUUGAAUUGAAUUAGUGAGCUACAGACCUUUCUGACUAAACCGAAAGUUGCUUUCGUCUGGCAAAGCCAACACGACCAGUCUUGGCUGACUUCAAUUAAUGUUCCAAAUUUGAGAAUAUUCGAUCAAAAAAAUAUUUCGGUUUUUUUAUAUACCGGCGAAUACAAGCGUUAUGUAGCUACCCUAAAAACUAUUUCCAUGGUGUCAAAUGGCAUCGCAGUGCAGCCCCGCGGGGAGUUUGUGCGUAUGGUGAUUAGCCACCAUAUAUAUGAAUAUUUUGUUAUUUCUGAUUUUUGCCAUUAGAUUCAUUCGCAUUUUUUCGCAAUUUUUCUUUUUUUAGAAAAAAAUAAUUUGUUAAUUUUUAUCGUAAUUUUUGAAAAAAAAAGCCAUUAUCUGUAAAUAAUACAUAACAAUAACCAAAAAUGCAUGUAAUUCGUUCCAUUUCGUGCAAACAUAAAAUUGCUCAUUUUUAAUUGCAUUUCGAAAUAGAUUUUUUCUGUUCUUUUUGAGCCGAAACGUUGAGUUUGCGUGUUGAAAUUAUAUUAAUAAAGCAUCCGGUAUAAGGUUA